UCCAGCCCGCGCAGGCAGCGGCCGCGGCAGCUGGCGAGCGGCGGCCCGGCGAGGCCAUGAAGGUGAAGAAGGGCGGCAGCGGGGCCGGGACAGGGGCGGAGCCCGCUCCGGAGGCCUCGGGCCUGAGCGUGCAACCCACGCCGGAGCCGCGAGUGCAAUCGGAAUCUGGGUCCGAGUCGGAACCGGAGGCCGGUUCAGGGCCCAGGCCGGGGCCGUUGCAGGGAAAGCAACCCAUCGGGCCUGAGGACGUGCUGGGGCUGCAGCGGAUCACGGGCGAUUACCUGUGCUCCCCCGAGGAGAAUAUCUACAAGAUCGACUUCGUCAGGUUCAAAAUCCGAGACAUGGACUCAGGCACUGUCCUCUUUGAAAUCAAGAAGCCCCCUGCCUCAGAGCGGUUGCCCAUCAACCGGCGGGACCUGGACCCCAAUGCCGGGCGCUUUGUCCGCUACCAGUUCACACCUGCCUUCCUCCGCCUGAGGCAGGUGGGAGCCACGGUGGAGUUCACAGUGGGUGACAAGCCCGUCAACAACUUCCGCAUGAUUGAGAGGCACUACUUCCGCAACCAGCUGCUGAAGAGCUUCGACUUCCACUUUGGCUUCUGCAUUCCCAGUAGCAAGAACACCUGUGAACACAUCUACGACUUUCCCCCUCUCUCUGAGGAGCUGAUCAGCGAGAUGAUCCGUCACCCCUAUGAGACACAGUCUGACAGCUUCUACUUCGUGGACGACCGGCUGGUGAUGCACAAUAAAGCAGAUUAUUCCUACAGUGGGACACCCUGACCCCUCCUCUCCCAAGCUACCCUCUACCCAGGAGGCUCUAAUCUGGGCCUUGCACUGUGACCUUUCCAGCAUCGCCUCUUAAUUCCACGUCUUCUGCUCGGGGAUGCUCCAGGAGCUCUGGACCCUGAUUCAGUAUGAGUAGGAAGGGGGCCGGGUCUGGCAUCCCCAUGUUGAGUCCCUGAAGUGGGGAGAGGUAAUAGGGGAGCUCUCCAUGUCCAGAAAGGUCUCCUGUGAGAGUAUAGCCAGGACUAAUGGAAAGCCCAGCUCAGCCCUCUUGGGCCUAAGUUUCAGAGUAGUGUUCCCCUCUCUAGGCUACAGCUAGGUCAGGGCAGGAAAACUGUCUCCUGUCUUCAGGAAUCUUGAGUCGGGCCCUCCACUUCUAGGCCAUAGAGAGUGGUAAAUCCACAAAAAUCCACGGGGGGUCUGAACCCUGGCCUCAACCCUGGCUUCCCCUGUCAGGGGCUAAGACACUCCCCGAGGCGUGGGAGAUAUUGGUCCAGAUUGUAGCCUGUGAUAGACUUGGACCAACUGUAUAUAGUUUUCAAUAAACUUUCUCCUUUUCUGUU